AUGACAAGCACAAUCGGUAUUCCAAUUAAGUUGCUCAAUGAGGCUCAGGGACAUGUUGUUACUCUUGAAAUUGCGAACGGCCAAGUCUAUCGAGGUAAACUUCUGGAAGCGGAAGACAACAUGAAUGUACAACUUAAAGAUAUAACUGUAACAGCUCGUGAUGGACGUGUUAGUCAUCUUGACCAGGUUUACAUAAGAGGCUCUCAUAUUCGAUUCUUUAUUGUUCCAGAUAUGCUAAGGAAUGCACCCAUGUUCAGGAGUCGAGGAGUAAAAGGCAGAGGUGUUGGACUGGCAAGAGGAAGGGCUACGGUUAGUAGAGCCAGAGCCAGUGGACGGGGUGCCACUCGAGGUUGA